AUGGCUGAAUCGCUAAAAUAUACGUGCCACCAAUAUGGCUCCAUAAAUGAACUACAGAGACUGGGUGUGUGGGAGCUUGACCCAGUCAAUAUAAACAAGUAUUGGAUCAUCUACAUCCACGGUGGUUGCUGGCGUGAUCCGCGCAUCGACCACAAAACGUUUGCCAACUCUAUCAACUGCAUCCUCGCUCAUCCCUCGCCCACCUCGGCCCAGUCUAGCAUAGCCGGCUUCGCCUCCCUGGACUAUCGCCUCUCACCACACCCAGACUUCCCGCAGGAUCUAUCCACCACACCCGAGUCCCAGCUCAGGAACGCUACACACCCGGCCCACGUCAACGACGUGUACUCCGGCCUCGCCUUCCUACAGCGGCGCUACGGGUUCGGGUCUAGGUACGUGCUCGUCGGCCACUCGGCGGGUGCUUGUCUCGCACUGCAGCUUCUCGGGGGCCUUGCUGGCAUUGAUAACGGCUUGGAAGUUGUUCUUCCAGAGGUCGUUGUCCCUUUUGAGGGCAUCUACGACUUCAGUGGCCUAAACAACCGGAAAGGCGGGACGUACGCUGAAUACUUCUCGGGAGCCUUCGGGGACGAUCCACUAGGCUGGGAUGCCGUAGCGCCGCUGAAUGUCCCAGAGAGCUUCCGCGGACGCUGGGCUGAUGGCAAACUAGUAUUACUAGGCUGGUCGAAAGAUGAUGAACUAAUCGACGAGCCUGAGGUAGAUGCAAUGGCCGCCCGGUUACAGCGGGAUGGAGUGAGAGUGGUGGUGUGGAAGGAUUUGAGUGGCAGGCAUGACGAAAUCUGGGAACAGGGAGAACAGGUUGCGAAGAUGGUCCUGUGGGCUCUCGAUGAUGUGGUGCGCGGCACUUAA